AUGGGAGGCACCGCGACGCCGGUUGAACUCGAUGGAUCUAAUCAAUUGCGUAGUGAUCUUUCCACCGUCGACGGAGCUCAGAUUACCAAUGAAGAUCAAUAUGGUUAUGCACACCCCAGGGAAGGCAAGGAACCCAUAAUUGCUGAUUUGCUCUACGGACCUGCAGAUUGGCGCGAGAAGAUGACUGAAACACUCAAGAAAUACCAGAAGAAGGGGAUUAAUAUUAAAUUUGGGUCUGCAUUCAGUUCACCUGACUUAGGGGAUAGGGAUGACAAGGUUCUCGAACUGUUUGGUGUGGAUCUCAAGGGGAAAUUUCAUAAAGAUGAAAACAAAAUGGCCUUUGGACCCGGAUCAGAUUAUGCUUACGCCAAGUUGCGUAUUGGUUAUGCUUCUCCCUCUACGUGCUACGGUGAAGCUAUGGAUUUGGCCGCCAAUGCGAUAUGCUUUGGUGCAUUAGCUGGUAGGGUAAGUCGUGGUUUGUUUAGUGGACGUGAUGCAAAGUGGGAACUGGUCGACGAAGGAAAAGGUGUUGGAACCGACUUGUAA